GGAGAUGGUGAUUGGAGUAGAAAGAGAUAAUCGGAAUAAUGAGUAAUUUGUUGAAUUUUUAUAAAUUUAGUAUAAGUUUACAGAUUUGGGUUUCAGAGAGGAGGUUUGGGAGGUUUGGGGAAGAAGGAGAUGGUGAUCGGAGUAGAAAGAGAUGAUCGGGAGUAGUGAGGCAUAAUCGGUGUUGAUCGUGGGUAUUUAAGAAAUUUUAAAUUUUUUAAUAUAUAAAUUAACUAAAAUGACGUGGAUAAUAAGUUAUUUUCCAUGUAAUUAAAUAUUUCAAACAAUAAUUGAUUUCGUGGCAACUUAACGUGCCAUCUGGCACUUCCGUUGACGGAAGGACCAAAAUGGUUCUAAAAAUUGAAGUUUAGGGAUUUUUUUAGUACUUUUUUUAGUUCGAGGGUAUUUUUAGUCCAAAAAUGAAAGUUCAGGGACUGAAUCGGGGAUAUAACCAAAUUAAAACAAAAACACAGAAUCAAGCCAACCCAGUCUUUGUCGCCCCCCAAAAAAAAAUGCCCAAGCUGCAGAGAACCCAGACCUGUUCUUCUUUUUCUAUUUUUGUCCUCCGCCAGCGGACCCUGACUCUCUUCUUCUUCUCCCCGCCGGCCAUCUUGCUUCCCAUUUCCACUCUCCAUCUCCGAUUAACGAGAGAAUUCCCAUUGUCCGCCGCUCUCUUUCGAACUCUCUUCAUCGAUCUACCUUUUUUCCCCUCUACAGAUUCAUCACCGCCGAACCCAUUUUUCCUUGUUGGCACAAGCCUUCAUUCUCUCCGUCGUUCAACCCUACUCCCAUCUCAGACUUGCGAUUCUGCCAUCACCGCCACACUACUACUCCUCACUCCUCCGUCUCUGUCUUCUUCUUUGCAACCGGAAUCGCCCUGGGAACUCUUGAACUCCAGCGACCAAACGAUCGCAAAAAUCGAAGAAAGGGUCAACAGAAGAGAGAAGGAACCAAGGAGGAGUAUCAAAGGAGCAGAGCUCAGGGAAUCGCUGGAAAAAAUGUUUCUCAAGGUGCAGUUGCCAUGGAAUGUUAUAAUCCCUGCUGACAGCUUGGAUUCAGAAGGAUUGAUGCUUCAAAGGCAAAUUGUGAUCCGUCUGUUGAAUGAAUUUGCUGUCAAGAAGGCCACCAAAGAUCAUGGAUAUUUUCUAGCUGUGACAACCUUGGAGAGCAUAGGAGAGGGAAGAGUUAGGCAGCAAACUGGAGAUGUGCUUUUCCCUGUUGUUUUCAGUGGCAUCACAUUCAAAAUUUUCACAGGAGAGAUUCUGGAGGGUGUUGUAGUCAAGGUGCUGAAGCAUGGGGUUUUCUUGAAGUGUGGACCAAUCAACAACUUGUAUCUUUCUAACCUGAAAAUGCCGGAUUACAAUUACUUCCCUGGAGAGAAUCCUUUCUUCAUGAAUGACAAGAUGUCAAAGAUUGAGAAAGAUGUUACCAUUCGUUUCAUUGUGAUUGGAACAAAGUGGAUGGAAGCAGAGAGGGAGGUCCAAGCCUUGGUUAGUUUAGAUGGUGAUUAUCUAGGACCGGUUCCUUGAGUGACAAUUCCUGUUCCGUAACUACCUUGCAUCCUGAAGGCAUGUAUUUGGAUUUCGGAUUGUCCUAUAUGAUUGGCAGUUUUCUUCAGGAAUGCUGUUAACUAAUUUGUGCUGCACUAAUUUAGGAGUUGAUUUUAUCUAUGUUCUUGUGCUGUAGCCAACUGUCAUUUGGUAGUAUGUAUAUAAUGCUAAACAAAUGCUAGCACUUCCGCAGAAUUCAUGCAAAUCUUGGAAUC